AGUACAUACUGUAGAGGAAAGUGGCGUUCACGUUUUGCAAAAACUUCAAGUGCUGUUGUUUUGGAUCAUGAAGACCACCUGAUUUCGUGAAUCUGAGAUUUGCAGGACUGUCUUUUCUGUUGCUUUGAUUUUGAAAUGUGAAUGGGUCUGGGAUUAAGAUUACAUUGAUAUUUGUUAAACGCUCAACCAGGCUUAAUGGAAAUGUCACCUCAACAGGAUAGCAUUGGACAGAAUCGUUCAUCAUCUUUAACGGGGGAAUCCAAAAUCUCUGGUUUACCAGCAGAGGCAAAAAAGAAAUGGAAGACUCUGGCACAGAGGCGACAGUCUGCACCUUCACUGGUCAUUAGCACCGCGCUUAAAUCCAGAACAAUUUCCAGAGAAAGUUGUCUGUCUCCAGUCAACCCGGAGGCAUGUCCACUUGUCCAGUCUUUUAUCUGUCUGAACCGAGUGUUCGUGAUGCAUGGCCAUGUCCAGCUCAAGACAGGCCUGCAGACGCAAGAGCGACACCUUUUCCUGUUCAGCGACAUUCUGGUCAUCGCCAAAUCCAAAUCAACUUCACAAUUCAAACUAAAGAACCAUGUCCGGAUUUGUGAGAUGUGGACCGCGUCCUGCACAGACGAGGUGUGUGAGGGCAGCACUAACCACAACCAGUCCUUUGUCAUGGGCUGGCCUACCACCAACUGUGUUGCUACCUUCAGUUCGGUGGAACAGAAAGAAAAAUGGCUGUCAUUUAUUAAGAGCCGAAUCACAGAAGAAAAAGAAAAAGAUGACCCUAAAAGCAUUCCUUUAAAAUUGUUGGCAAGAGAUGUUGGACAUGGUGCAUAUACUCUGUCGGUUGGGAACACAGACACAGCAGCUGAUGCUAUCAAGAUGGCACUGCAGCAGUUUGGCAUUACUGGUUGUGUAAAAGACUACCAGCUUUGGGUCAGCUCAGGCAAAGAAGAUGCUCCAUAUCCCCUUAUUGGGCACGAAUAUCCCUUCAGUAUCAAAAUGAGUCACAUGCGUGGGCCGCAUGCACAGCUGCCAGUAGGGAUCAAGGACACAGCCUUCCCUCAGGACCUCAAGAGGACCCUCCUUCUGCAGCAGCUACCCCUGGAGACACAGUGCCAGUUCAUACUUAAGCCCAGAUGCUUGGCCGCAUCCCAGCAAUUAACAGGGCCCAGCCAAAAAUCCUCUAAGAGGAAAAGGUCGAUUAUCAACUGGGCCUUCUGGCGUGGCUCUGGGACUCAGCUUGACAGCAUGCCUCUUUCUCCAAAUCCUCCCACGCCGGGCAGACUCUUUGGGCUGCCACUGCAAUCCAUCUGCGAGGGUGACAAGCUGCCCAAGCCAGUCAUGGACAUGCUGGGCUUUCUUUUUCAAGAGGGUCCGUUUACCAGGGGCAUUUUCAGACGGUCUGCUAACGCAAAAGCCUGCCGAGAAUUAAGGGACAAGCUGAAUUUGGGAGCUGAAGUGCUUGUUGCCUGUGAAUCUGUCUUCGUGACGGCUGCUGUGCUCAAGGACUUUCUCCGGAACAUUCCUGGCAGCAUCCUUUGUGUAGACUUCUAUGAGAAGUGGGUCAACGUGAUAGACAAAGAGAGUCAUGAAGAGAAGAUCCAAGUCGUACAAAGGCUUAUGGAACAACUCCCUAAAACAAACGUGCUCCUGCUGCGGUAUCUCUUUGGAGUCCUGCACUGUAUUGAGCAGCAGUCCGAGGAGAACCGGAUGAACGCAUUCAACCUGGCAGUUUGCAUUGCUCCCAGCAUGCUCUGGCCUCCUUCUACUUCAAGUCCAGAGACUGAAAGUGAAGUCACAAAGAAGAUUUCCAUGCUUGUACAGUUUAUAAUAGAAAACUGCAGCAAGAUUUUCAGAGAAGACAUUGAUUCAGUGUUUGCAAGCAUGCCAAGGAAAAGCAUCAGCGGUGAUCAUGGCUCAGAUGUUUCGUCAUCCCAGAUGAAUGGCUCUUCAUACGAUAGUUUAGAAAAUGAGCUGAAUUAUGAUGUAGAUUCUCCUUUUUCGGAUCUGCAGCAUAAACGUGGGCAAGAUAACCGAAGCAGGGACUCUGUCAUUACCUUAAGCGACUGUGACUUAGACCAGCCAGAGAAUGAAAACAUUCAUCUACAGCUGCCCCCUUUGUCAAGAACAAGGAAGUUUUCUCCUGAGGCGCAUCAAAACAGGCCCCACGGAGAAUAUUUGGAGAUGGACUUGCUCUGCCCAGUGGGAUUAAGGCGACACAGACGCUGCUCUGAACCAACAAUAGGUCUCCAACCUUCUAACUUCGAUCAGCACUUUGAGCAACAUGAGGUUAUAACACGCAAAGCCAGCUACGAUGCAGUACUUACAAACAAUGAAGAGGACUAUAUCAAACAGCUUCGCACCUUACAGCUGAAGGGCCAGGAACUCAUCAAACGCAGCCUGAACAUGGUCAUCGAAUUGGGGAAUCCAAGUCCUUCCAGUCCUAGUGAUGAUGGGAAAGACUUGCAAAAAACUUCUAGGCUUAAUCUUAAACAGCCUCCUCCAUUGAGACUUAACCUCUGCUCGACCACCUGCAGCUCCAGUUUGUCUUCUCCAGGCACCUCCCUAUCUAGGUCCUCCAUGAGUUCCUUGGACAGCGCCUUCUCCCAAUACUCUGACUACACAGUGUUCGCUCCCACAGAGCCCUGUGUCUGCAGUGAAUCUUUAACACUGAAGAGUCAAGGGGACUGCUCUCCUCGUUCGCUUACCAUUAAACAGUUAUCACACCAGCUGUCCCCCAGUCAACAUUCUGAUUUGACCAUGUGUUCCUCUCCUAAGCCAGAACAGAGCAAGCUAGCUGGCUCGCUAAAGGAAAGCCACGAAUUGGUGUCUCAGAGGAGCCCCCUCACUCUGCACUCUAAUAGAUGGAUGAAGAGAACUACACCUUCCAUGAGAAGUUGGUCUUUCCGUAAAAAGGAAAGUAGGAGCAAAAAUGGAGAAAAAAACGAAAGCCCUGCCAGGUCCCCGGUUUCUGACAAGCCAAAACCUCCAGCAGGAACAGUUUGUCAGGAAAGUAAAAGACAAGCCCGUUUGGCCUCUGUGCCUAAAAAAACAGCAAAUGAAACAAAUAUAAAACAGCACUGCCCACCCUCCUACCAGGAAGCUAUCCAUCAAAUGCAGCAGAAUCCCUUUUAUCAAGAUGUGCCAAAAGAAGAGGGACUGACUGUAAAGACACUUAGGUUGCUGCAUGAGAGCGAGGGCAGCAAGGCUGGCAAGAAGCAGGUGCACAGUUCAAGUCCUGCAACACUGAAACUUGACAAGAGGUUACCUGCAGGUAAUAGUCACAUCCCACAAACAGUGUUUUAUGGACAGAGCGCUUGCUUGGGUGUUUAUCCCAUGAGGGGUCAGCAGUCCUUUAUUUUAGCAGAGGAUCGUCCGAAGAGCCUGGCUGCACACCGUUGCUCAGAGCCGGAAGUCUAUUUUGCUGCAGGUGAUUGGACCUCCUCUCUGGAGAACCGUCAGAGAUUGGCGGGCCAGGAAAGCAACAGCAUAACAGCAGAGAGCUCUCAGGAUGUUAAAUGCAAAAUAUCCAAUACAGACCCUCAUUGUAAUGAUAUGGAGUCUGUGAGUUGCAAAGUGGAGCCUAAAUUUUGCUUAUCUCAAACUGCCACCAAGGCAGUCAGGGAAUAUUUCCUCCAAACAGAUGUUGAGAACUGCUUGCAGAAAACACAGGAAGUUACUAAUGGAGUGAUUCAAAGCAAAAAAAAGUGGCAAAAUAAUCAAUGCAGUGACCCAAAAUUUGAAGACUUUGACCAAAUGUUUUUCGCUGAAGAGUCUUAUGUCUAAAUGAAAUGAAGGAAUAACUAUAUUGUAAAUGUACUGUAAGUAACUGACACAAAUGAACUGCCCUUUUACAAUGUAAAUCUAGGAGAACAGUUUUAAAAUGGUAAAUCUAUGUUAACUUUGGAUGCUUUUCAAUGAGUAUGUUGUGAUGUUUGCAGUUUAAUAUAAUUUAAUUAUAAUUUUUUUGUUUUUUAAGAAUUUAAAAUGGUAUACAUCUGUGUAUGAAAUGCUGCAGUAAGCUGGGCUGUAGUUGUAUAAGCUGUAAGAAAUUAAUGCGUAUUUUUGUACUUGCAAGUCCUGCUGCUGAUUGAUAAAAACAAAAAAAAAUGCUGCAAACGAGCACCGUUUCUACUGAGUACAUCUGUUGUAAUGUAACUGUAUUCUGGUGUACAUUCAUUUGAAACUGUAUUAGCUGUGUGUAAACCUAAAAUAAAGCAAAAAUCAGCAGACGUUUCUGUAAAGUAUCAAGUGCUGAAAUCUGUUUUUAACUGAAAAGCACUUUCAAGUUCUGUUGUAUAAGCCCAUAUUUGUUUUUUGUUACAAUCCUUGAGCAAAAUAUACUGAGAACCUCUUAAGAGCCAUGAAUCCCUGUUAACCAACCCAUAGAGUGCUCUUCAAUUGUCCAAAGACAGACAAUAGAGUUGCGUCAGCAAAAUGCUCCAGUGGUGAGUCAUGUAAUAUACUUGCAGCAAAGACUGUAUAUUGAAUUAAAUAUUUUUUUUUUUUUAAUUGUUCAUGUUAGGGAGAAGUGUAAGCAUUGGCUGCAUUAUCAAGUACAAUAUAGGCAUACUGUACUACCUGUUCUAAGCUAACCCUUGACUACAUCACUAGCAAGCAGCCCAUACUUUUGAUAGCUCUAUGAGAACCAACAAACUAACCUGGAAUUGCAACUCUGGACAUCUGUUUUUUGCACAGCCAUCUGUAAAAACAAAGAUAAAGUAAUUUCCCCAAAAAAUUAUUCAACUUGGAAAGCUAGAGUGCCUUUGCAUAGUUUUAAGGGAGAGUCCCUUAUAUAAUUGUACCAUAUUAAAAGCAAAGCAAAGUAUAUUAAAGCUUAAUACAGUUACACGGCAAAACAUAAGUAAGAAUCGUAAAGCACAGAGGGAUAUGGUUAAAGAACAUGGCAAACCAUGUUAAGUGUCUUAACAUGCGUUAAAGUGCCUGCCCCUGUGUGCAUUUUGUGUUGUGUGUUAAUGCUGGUGUAUAGUCAUUGG